GACCCAUGUUUCUGGACCAGAUGAAGCUUGAGAAGACCUCCAGCUGUAAGAUAUUAGGAAGAAAAAACUUCUAAGUCUGGAUCUGCAGAAGACUUGCCUCGCCUCUUCACAAUGUCAGGAAGCUACGUACCUUCUGCCUCUGGUCCCUUCUCAGCCCUGACUCCGAGCAUAUGGCCCCAGGAGAUCCUGGCCAAGCACACGCAGAAGGAAGAGUCAGUGGAGCAACCAGAGUUCUACUACGACGAGUUCGGUUUCCGGGUGGACAAGGAAGAGGGUGCCGACCCCAGUUCCAGCAGGCUGCCUGCUGUGUCUCUGAUGGAGGACCCUCCCCAACGGCUGCGGUGGCAGGCCCACCUGGAGUUCACCCAUAACCACGAUGUGGGCGAUCUCACCUGGGACAAGAUUGCCGCCUCCCUGCCCCGCUCGGAGAAGCUCCGCUCCCUGGUGCUGGCCGGCAUCCCACACAGCAUGAGGCCACAGCUGUGGAUGCGGCUCUCCGGGGCCCUGCAGAAGAAGAGGAACUCGGAGUUGUCCUACCGGGAGAUGGUGAAGAACAGCUCCAACGAUGAGACCAUUGCUGCCAAACAGAUUGAGAAGGACCUGCUCCGCACCAUGCCCAGCAACGCCUGCUUCGCCAAUGAGAGCAGCAUCGGGGUGCCCCGCCUGCGCAGGGUUCUCCGAGCACUGGCCUGGCUCUACCCUGAGAUUGGUUACUGCCAGGGCACAGGCAUGAAGGGUGCUGCUUCUCAUUCGUGUGGAGACCUGGGUCGAGGCCCCUUGUCCCCCUGCCCUGGCCAGGUGGCCGCCUGCCUCCUGCUGUUCCUGGAGGAGGAGGACACCUUCUGGAUGAUGUGCGCCAUCAUCGAGGACCUGCUCCCUGCCUCCUACUUCAGCACCACCCUGCUGGGCGUCCAGACAGACCAGCGGGUCCUGCGCCACCUCAUUGUCCAGUACCUGCCCCGCUUGGACAAGCUGCUCCAGGAGCAUGACAUCGAGCUGUCGCUGAUCACGCUGCACUGGUUCCUCACGGCCUUCGCCAGCGUGGUGCACAUCAAGCUGCUGCUGCGCCUCUGGGACCUGUUCUUCUACGAGGGCUCCCUGGUGCUCUUCCAGGCCACGCUGGGCAUGCUGCGCCUCAAGGAGGAGGAGCUGAUCCAGUCAGAGAACUCGGCCUCCAUCUUCAACACGCUGUCGGACAUCCCCUCGCAGAUGGAGGACGCGGAGCUGCUGCUGGGGGAGGCCAUGCGGCUGGCUGGCUCCCUCACGGACGUGGCUGUGGAGACCCAGCGCCGCAAGCACCUGGCCUACCUCCUUGCAGACCAGGGUCAGCUGCUGGGGACCAGCACCACCACCAACCUCUCUCAGGUGGUUCGUCGCAGGACGCAGCGGAGGAAGUCUGGUUUCACCUCCCUGCUCUUCGGGGAGGACGACCUAGAGGCACUCAAGGCCAAGAACAUCAAGCAGACGGAACUGGUGGCUGACCUCCGGGAAGCCAUCCUGCGCGUGGCACGCCAUUUCCAGUGCACUGACCCCAAAAACUGUAAUGUGGAGCUGACCCCAGACUACAGCAUGGAGAGCCACCAGCGGGACCACGAGAACUACGUGGCCUGCUCACGCAGCCACCGGCGCAGGGCCAAGGCCCUGCUAGACUUCGAGCGACACGAUGACGAUGAGCUAGGCUUUCGCAAGAAUGACAUCAUCACGAUCAUUUCUCAGAAGGAUGAGCACUGCUGGGUCGGGGAGCUGAAUGGCCUAAGAGGCUGGUUUCCAGCCAAGUUUGUGGAAGUCCUGGAUGAACGGAGCAAAGAGUACUCCAUCGCGGGGGAUGACACUGUAACGGAGGGCGUCACAGACCUUGUGCGAGGGACCCUCUGCCCAGCCCUCAAGGCCCUGUUUGAACACGGACUGAAGAAGCCGUCUCUGCUCGGGGGUGCCUGCCACCCCUGGCUGUUUAUUGAGGAGGCAGCAGGCCGGGAGGUGGAGAGAGACUUCGACUCGGUGUAUUCUCGCCUGGUGCUGUGUAAGACAUACAGGUUGGAUGAAGAUGGCAAAGUUCUGACCCCGGAGGAGCUGCUCUAUCGGGCAGUGCAGUCUGUGAAUGUGACCCACGACGCUGCACAUGCACAAAUGGAUGUCAAGCUCCGCUCUCUCAUCUGUGUGGGGCUCAAUGAGCAGGUCCUACACCUGUGGUUGGAGGUGCUCUGCUCCAGCCUGCCAACCGUGGAGAAGUGGUACCAGCCCUGGUCCUUCCUGCGAAGCCCCGGCUGGGUCCAGAUCAAGUGUGAGCUCCGUGUCCUCUGCUGCUUUGCCUUCAGCCUCUCCCAGGACUGGGAACUUCCUAUGAAGAGAGAGGAGGAGAAGAAGCCCCUGAAGGAGGGCGUCCAGGACAUGCUGGUGAAGCACCACCUUUUCAGCUGGGAUAUAGAUGGGUGACACUCUUCCUCCAAUGGCCCUGUCACGCCCAGACCUCUCCCAACCGGUCGGCUACCAGAGCAGCUGCUUCCUUAAGAAGAGAAAGGCGUUGGGAUGGGGGCUGACGUGGUCCAGGCCUAACCCAAGCUACGGGACCAAGGGAAGACGACACUGGAGUUUGGCCAGGCACCAUGGUAGGAGAUUGGAGACACCACCCUGGUGGCAGCAGGUGGGGCCUGGCCCACUCUAUCCCUCCCAGUGUCUAUGGAGGCUCCAGGCCCCACCCUCACUACUUGUACUGACCAAAAACCUCAUGAGGAGGUGGAGAGCCACCUCUGUCUGCUUUUGCUCAGGAAGGGAGUGGGGGUGGCUAAAGGCUCCUCAGCCUGUAAAUAAAUUGUCUUUGAGAAGCA